AUGGCAUUCAAGAAGGUCGCUAUCGCAGGUGCCACCGGUAACCUUGGUCCUUCCAUCGUCAAUGAGCUUGUCAAACAAGGCUUCGAAGUCACUGUCCUCUCCAGCUCCGGCAAGACCUCUGGCCUCCCCUCAGCAAUCAAGGUCGUCAAAGUCGAUUACUCUUCCCAAGAUUCCGUAAUCUCCGCCCUGCGUGGCCAAGAAGCCUUCGUCUCAGCUAUUCCCAAGCACGAAGAGCAACCCGCACUCAUCGACGCCGCUAUCGCCGCCGGUGUUCAGCGAUUUAUCCCUUCCGAGUUCGGCAGCAACAUCGUCGGUAACGAAAAGGUUCGCGCUCUGCCAGUUUUCGGCGGCAAGGUCAAGACACAAGACUAUCUGCGUGCCAAGCAAGACCAGAUCAGCUACACACUCAUCACAAACGGAUUGUUCCUCGAUUGGGCUAUCAACCUCGGCUGGGUCGUGAACCUCAAGGGCAAGACGGAAAUCAACGACAACGGCGACAGUCUUCACAGUUUCACCCUUCUCUCAGAUAUCGGCAAGGCUGUUGCUGGUGUCCUUAACAACCCUGAGGAGACAAAGAACCGUGGUGUUUACGUCCAGACUGUCGCCCUAAGUCAAAAUCAAGCUCUCAAGAUCGCGCAAAAGAUC